CGAAGCGGAAAUGACCAAACUACAGCUGCUUCCCCCAGAACAGUGGGAGUUAAGAUGCAGUUCCCCAUGGAGAAAAUAGGAUUGGGCAGGAGAUGGAAGUGAGUUCAGAAAUGAAUGCCAUACAGAUUUGUACUCAAUACACUGGGGGAUGGCAAAUGAUAUAUCUUGUUGCUUUAAUAAUGGCACCAGCAAUGAAAAUCAAUUUCAAAUGGGUGAAAAUGAAGGAAGCAAUGCUAGAAACUGCGAGAAAACGAACCAAGAUGAAAUGGAAAAUACUGGUUGUUCAUUAGACACUCAGGAUGGAACUAAUACUACAGACAGGACUGCUCAUAAGCCAGAGAAACGUUUCUUUUGCAUUGAUUGUGGGAAAAGUUUCACACGCAAGUCAUCUCUUAUAGUCCACCAGAGAAUUCACACUGGGGAAAAGCUUUUUAUGUGCACAGAAUGCGGGAAGAGAUUUGGUCUAAAGUCUUCUCUUGUCAGACACUUAAGGACCCACAUACCCAAGUCCCUAAACAUUUGUCCUGAUUGUGGCAAAGGUUUUUCUAGAUAUUCUAGCCUUUUCCAGCAUCAGAAAGUGCACUUUCGUGAGAAACCCUAUAAAUGCUGUCACUGUAAGAAAAGCUUCUCUUGCAACUCUUUCUUAGAAGCUCAUCAGAAAAUCCAUAAGGUCAAUGAGUUGUUUAAUGGAAAAGAACAAGUGGAGCAAAUAAGUGACCAAACCAAAACAAAAGAACAUUGUAGAAAUGACACUGUGAUGGAGCUGACUUCUUUCCCACAAUAUGCUGAAAGCUUUAUUAGGGAAGAACCUGGGAUGAGACCUGCACCACUACUCACUGGAAGUUCUACUUUUUCCAGUGAAACAAAGCAUGAGGAGAUCAACAUAAACAGCAACUCUCCAGAUGGGAAAACAGAGGUUGAUGAUACUAAAGGAAAGGAAUCUAAUUUGGGCCAUGUCACAGAUUUAUCAGUUCAAUCAGAAAGGACAACUCAAAAAGAACAAAAGCGCUUUCUAUGUAUAGACUGUGGAAAAAGAUUCACACGCAAGUCAUCCCUUAUUGUUCAUCAAAGAACACACACUGGUGAAAAACUUUUCAUGUGUACAGAGUGUGGGAAGAGGUUUGGUCUUAAGUCAUCACUUGUCAGGCAUAUAAGAACGCACACCCCAAAGACUCUAAACAUUUGUCCUGAAUGUGGCAAAUGUUUCAGCAGAUACACUAGCUUUUUUCAGCACCAAAAGUCUCACAGACUACAGAAACCCUAUACAUGUUCUCAGUGUGAUAAAAGUUUUUCCAGAACAUCGCAACUUCUAGUUCAUCAGAAAAGCCACAGGAGUGGAAAGGAGAUUGAUAAAAUCCAACAUAGGGAAAAUGUCAGGUGCCAAACUAAACGCAGAAAUGUUUCUAGAUUUGAUAGAUUUCAGGAGACCCAUGCUUGCUUAGAAUGUAGCAAAACCUUUCGACAAAAAGAAUCUUUGUUGCGCCACCAAAGAAUACAUACAGUUGAUCAAAUUGAUCAGUUUUUGCCUCAUCCUGACACAACAGACACCAAAACUACUAGUACUAUUUUAAAGGUGAUAUAUGAGGAUGAAGCCAGUGUGAAACCAGGGAAUCCUAAAGAUGGCGCCAAGAAAUCCAGCAAUGAAUGCAAAGAGAUAUCUUUGGAAAGAACAGGCCAAGCAGUCAGUCUAAAUGAAGAGAAACGAUGUCUGUGCAUUGAUUGUGGCAAAAGCUUCACACGAAAGUCAUCCUUGAUUGUGCAUCAGCGAAUACACACAGGAGAGAAACUCUACAUGUGCACAGAAUGCGGGAAAAGGUUUGGUUUGAAGUCCUCUCUUGUCAGACAUCUGAGAACCCACAUUCCCAAAACCCUUAACAUUUGUCCAGAUUGUGGCAAAUGUUUCAGUAGAUAUUCUAGUCUCUUCCAGCACCAGAGAGUGCAUAAACGUGACAAACAGUAUAAAUGUUCUCCAUGUGAUAAAAGCUUUUCUCGGCCAUCACAGCUUUUACUUCACCAAAGAAACCACAAAGGAGAAAGAUAUGCUGAGAGAAAGGAACCUGAGGGUACCUGUGCUCAGGAUAAAUACCAUGGGAAUACGGAAUCUGAUACAACUGAAAAGUCCCAUCUAUGCCUGCAGUGCGGUAAAAGCUUCAGUGAAGCAGCUGCUCUAAACAGACAUGAAAAAAUUCAUACAGAUAACAACGAAUCCAGGGCCAGCAAUAAGGAUGGGACUUCAUCACAUGGUCAUUCUGAUUCUCUAUAUUGGCAUCCAGCUCUUCUCUCAAUAUCCAGUCAUGUUGAAAAGUGUUUCAAAAACCCUCCUAAUGCCAGCCACAUUAUUACUAAGCCUUUUUCAGAGGAACAAAGUCCAAAUGGACUGAAAAAUUGGAAAUGCACAGAGGAAUUUAGUGACCGAUCAAUAAAGAAAGCUCACAGUGAAGAGAAACAGCACCUGUGCAGUGAGUGUGGAAAGAGCUUUACACGCAAAUCAUCCCUUAUUGUGCACCAAAGAAGUCACACAGGGGAGAAACUCUACAUGUGUUCAGAGUGUGGUAAGAGGUUUGGUCUGAAGUCCUCGCUAGUCAGACAUCUAAAAACCCACACUGGACCAGCUAUCAAUAUUUGCUCUGUAUGUGGUAUAUACUUCCGCUGUUAUUCGGACCUGCUACUGCACUUCCAAAUCCAUAAUGGUCAACAACAGGUAACCAUCAAUGAUAUUUCUAAGCUGGAACCUAAAGAGAGCAAGGAUUUCAUAGAAGGCCAAGAAUCACUGGAGGGAAUUUCUAUACAAGAACAAGAAGUCAGUCUAAAUAGGAAUCAACAGCCACUGAUGGUUGAACCUCUCCAUGCAAAUAAGUUGCUGAAUUCACAAUAUUCUGAUGAUGGAAAGACAAAACCAUGUGAAGCAUCUGUGCAGGUGAAGCAGGAAUUCCCUGAGAAUACCUAUACUGCAGGUGAGCAAAACACAGAAGAAAAGAAUGGAGUAUUCCCUGCUUACCCCUAUUUGCUUGACUGGGGAGAUGAAUUUGAUAUUUCAAAAUCCCUUAGUGUGGAAGACGACUCUGGGAAGGUGCAGCAACACUUGAAAAGAAAUGAAAUCCAUUCAAAUAAAGGCAUUUCUGUUGGGCAGGAGAGUCACAACUUUGAAAUAAAUGUUUGGGGCAGAUCUAAUGGAAGUGGGAGAACUUAUUGUGGAGAGAAACGCUUUCUGUGUAUUGACUGUGGAAAGAGUUUCACACGCAAGUCAUCCCUCAUUGUACACCAGAGAACCCACACAGGAGAAAAGCUGUACAUGUGUACAGAAUGUGGCAAGAGGUUUGGGCUUAAGUCAUCCCUCGUGAGGCAUCAGAGGAUUCACAGCGUGGAGUUUUUCACAUGUACUGAAUGUGGGAAAAGCUUCAGGGAUUAUUCUAAGUUUUUACAACACCAGGCAAGCCACACAGGGGAAUGGUCUUACAGAGAACCCCAUUUGACUGCCCACUAGAAUCCCCUGUGCAUUACAGAUACUCUUAACCUAAGCUUUAAACUAUUUUGAAAGAGAAUGAUAUUCCUUAUAAUUCAUAGAAAAUAUUUUUGGACCAAUCACGGGAAGUAAACCUGUCAAGUUCAACAGUGGUGACAGUAGGUGCAGCAGUUUGUACAACGUAACCAUUCUGUGUGGAAGUCUGUAGUGAAUUAUAAAAUGAGCCCCCUGAACAGUACAAAGCUCAGUAUUAUGCUGCAAUGGGUCCUUGCAAUAUACCAAGCUUCCUUGAAGUAACUCACAUGCUUUGCUUUUAUGGUUUGAAAACUUGAUGUAAGUAAUGCACAUGGUUAAAGAUAACUAAGAAAAUAUAAUGUUGGAAGGAUGCAUAUCGGCCUCAUGCUUUUAUAUGGUCAUGGAACACUUGGUGACUUAUAAUAUCCCUAUAUUUUACAAUAGGGGAAUUCAUUCAUUGUGCUGUGGCUCCUGCAAUUGACUUUAAAGGGGUGGUUCGCCUUAACUUUUUAGUAUUUGUAUAAAUAUGUAUAGAAUGUCCUAUUCCUAGCAACUUUGCAAUUGGUCUUCAUUAUUUUUUAUAGUUCUCAAAUUAUUUGCUUUUCACUUCUACAUCUUUCCAGCUUUCAAAUGGGGCUACAGUUUCAUUGUUAUUACUUAUCUUUCUAUUCAGGUCCUCUCCUAGUCAUAUAAAAAAUGAAAACCAGUUGUAAAUUGUCGCAGUAUCUCAGUGUUUACAUCAUACUAAAAGUUAGACAAGGUAAACAACCUCUUUAACAAAAUGUGAUGACAAUUUACUUUUUUUUUUAUAAGUGUGUUUCUUUUAAAUAUUGUAUCUUUCCACUGUUACAAAAUGUUAAGAGGGCAACAAUGUUGAGAACAUGCCCCCAAAAAAUGUGUGCUAUGGAUAAUUGCUGCUCCCAUGCUUUGCUUUUAUGGUUUGAAAACUUGAUGUAAGUAAUGCACUUGGAUAAAGACAACUAAGAAAAUAUAAUGUUGGAAGGAUGCAUAUCGGCCUCAUGCUUUUAUAUGGUCAUGGAACACUUGGUGACUUAUAAUAUCCCUAUAUUUUACAAUAAGGGAAUUCAUUCAUUGUGCUGUGGCUCCUGCACUUCACUUUAAAGAGGUGGUUUGCCUUAACUUUUUAGUAUGUGUAUAAAUAUGUAUAGAAUGUCCUAAACUAUUGCUCUGUGAGGCUACAGUUUCAUUAUUAUUACUUAUCUUUCUAUUCAGGUCCUCUUCUAGUCAUAUGAAAAAUGAACACCAGUUGCAAAUUGUCACAGUAUCUCAGUGUUUACAUCAUACUAAAAGUUAGACAAGUUCUAGGACAACAACCUCUUUAACAAAAUGUGAUGACAAUUUACUUUCUUUUUUAUAAGUGUGUGUCUUUUAAAUAUUGUAUCUUUCCACUGUUACAAAAUGUUAAGAGGGCAACAAUGUUGAGAACAUGCCCCCAAAAAAUGUGUGCUAUGGAUAAUUGCUGGUUAUUAAAAAAUAUGAAGUAUAAUUACUGAAA